CCCGCCCCCUUCCGACGAAGUCUGAGGCCCGCAAGUCUCUCUCGGGACGCGAUUGUGACACGCCCCCUCCUGCCUCAGGCUCCGCCCCAUCUUCUGAAAAGCAGGGCUUUCCUCAAAGUGUUUCAAGCUAUUUAUUCAUUUAUUACGAGAGCUGGGAUUCCUGCAAGAUUCGCCUGCACUCUCAUCCGCUUAGCUCAAAAGAAGAGCACCGAGACUCCAGACCUUGGAAUUCAGCUUCCUAAAGAAAAAUGUCCUGUCCUAGAGGAAAAAUGCCCAGCGAUUUGGCACAGUGCCGCUGAAUAAACGCCCAUAAUUGAUUAUUUUGAUCUUGUUAUCUCCUUAAGCUAUCCAUUCUCUCUUUUAAACUUCAUAAAACAGGGAUGGGGGGGAGCGCAGAGGGUAGCUGCAGCAGCCCAGGCGCCCGGCUGCGCCCGCGAGCCUCGGUGCUGCCCUGGCCCUGCCCGGCCACAAGAUUUAGUACCAUGGACUUCCGGGACAUCCUGACGGUGGCGUCUGAGAAACAGGGACUCAACAUCAUCCCGAAAAGAUACAGUUUGGCAGUAAGUCCUCCUAAAGGAGAUCCCAAAGUCAAGGGUGUCCAGUCAGCAGCAGUGCAGGCUUUCCUCAAGCGGAAAGAAGAAGAGUUAAGGAAAAAAGCCUUAGAGGAAAAGAGGAAAAAAGAAGAGUUGGUGAAGAAACGCAUAGAGCUAAAACAUGACAAGAAAGCAAGAGCCAUGGCAAAGCGGACAAAAGACAACUUCUAUGGUUAUGAUGGGAUUCCUCUUGAAGAGAAAGCAAAGAAAAAACACGGAAUUGAGGGACCCACAGGACAAGAAGCAGACCAAGAAUGUUCCAAUGAAGAUGACACAGAACCACCUUUGGAAUAUUGUCAGACAGAGUCAGAGAAUGAGGAGUAUGAGGAGCAGGAAGCACCCCUGAAGACUAUAACAAAACCAAAGGCCCCCCUCAGAAGUGCCCCUCCACCCAUGAACUUCACAGACUUACUCAGGCUGGCUGAGAAGAAGCAGUAUGAACCUGUGGAGAUUAAGGUAGUAAAGAAAAUAGAAGAGCGGCCCAGAACUGCAGAAGAAUUGAGAGAAAAAGAAUUCUUAGAACGGAAACACAAAAAUAUAGAUAGAGGAAAAGAGAAAAAGAUGCUUGAAAGAGAGAAAAGGCUAAUUCCUCCAACUAUGUCUAAAAAGGUCCCUUCUUCAAAAGAGAGUGUUAGUGAAAGACACAGAGGUCCUGGGGACAAGCAUUCCUCUUCCAGAGGGCGUCACCUUACCCAUAUAGGUGCUGAGAAAAAAUCUAGAUCUUCUGCAACUACUGAGAAAACUAUGAGACUGCCAUCCAGUAAGUCCCAGCCAGGAGAGAGGACCAAAGCAAGCUCUGGAGACACCUUCCAGCACUCACCAAGUGAAAGUCACAGCCUCUUACUCAAUGGGUCAGGGAAAUCCCACUCUAGCUCCCAUUCUAUGGGCAAAGGGAUCUCAAAGACUAUGGUUCAUGGGACUCAAAAAUCUAAUGGGCAUAGGCCCUCCAAAUCCCCUUCUUCCCAUCCCAGCCAUUCCAAGUCUGGGGUUGUCUCUACUCCACAUGAGAAGACAAGAGAUUCAGGUGCCAAGCAGCCAGGGAACAGUUCUAACUCAACCUCAGGCCGGCCAGGUGUAGGGACUGCUUGGCCAGUCCAAAGCCCAAGCCCUAGGAAGCACAGUGGCAGCUCCAUCUCAGGACCCGAACAGCAAAUCAGUGGAUCCAAACGUUUGGUUGGUGGCUCAGGCCCCAGUGGGCGACUUGUGAGUGGAUCAAGUGGCCGUGGGCAUCCUACAAGCAAUUUAGGAAGCUCUGGUCGGCCACUCAGUGGCACAAGUUCUACAGGACAGACAGUGACCCCAGUCGGACGACCUGUUAGUGGGUUGAGUGGCCCUGGGCAACCUAGUUCAGGUGGCCCUGGGAGACCCAUCAGCAACUCAGGUGGCCCUGGGAGACCCUCCAGCAGCUCAGGUGGCUCUGGGAGACUCUCUAGCAAUUCAGGUGGCCCUGGGAGACCCGCCAGUGGCUCAGGUGGCCCUGAGCAGACAGUCAGUGGCUCAGGCCCCUCUGUGAAGCCCCGAUGCACAGUUGUUUCAGAAACUAUCUCUUCCAAGAAUAUCAUCAGCCGACCUAGCAAUGGAAUGGUGAAUGGAAUGAGACCCCCUCCACCUGGCUACAGACCUGCAGUAUAUCCACAAGGUGCCCAGAGGCACCCUUUUCCCCCUAUGGCCAGGAAACGCUAUCUUGAGGAAGAUGAGGAUGAGGAGUAUGAUUCCGAAAUGGAGGACUUCAUUGAUGAUGGAGAGCCUCAAGAAGAAAUAUCAAAACAUAUCCGGGAAAUCUUUGGAUAUGACCAUAAUAAAUACAAAGAUGAGAGUGAUUAUGCUUUACGUUACAUGGAAAGCAGUUGGAAAGAGCAACAGAAAGAGGAAGCCAAGAGCUUGAGACUUGGAAUGCAAGAGGACCUCGAAGAAAUGAGACGUGAAGAGGAGGAGCUCAAAUGCCAGAAAGCCAAGAAAAUGAAACUGCGUUAGUAACAGUUUUUUUACCAUUGGGAGAAAACACUUUCUUGAAAACUCUCUACAGACUGGAAAAAACCCCUUUCUCUCUUUGGAUAUUAUUUGGGAACUAGAGAAGGAGAUAUGUAAAGGAAGCAUUGGAAAACAAGGCUGUGGUUUGAACAGAAAGUAUUUAUUUUUAAUACUUGCCAGGGUUAAAUCUGUAAUGCAGAUGAGAUGAAAUAUUCAUUUGAAUGUUUAUAUGAAAAUAGCUGUUCAAAGAUGCCAGCAAUGAUACUGAUGAGCUAUGCACACUGAUUGGGGGGAGGGGGUCCACUCACCAAUUAUUAGCUAGUCACUCGUUAUUUAUUUGACACUUAAAAAUCAAGUGAGGAUUAUUGUUCUAUUUCCAUAGUUACUGCCCAGAUAGAUGGGUAGGACACUUCCCUGCACCAAUAAGAUCAUGUCAUAGGCUUCUCUUAAGAAUAAUAACCUGUAAGCAUAAAGAAGGAAACCAUAAGUAAAUUGGGUAAACACAGAAUAGUAUACAUGUCAGACCUUUGGGAGGGGAAAGGCUUUAAAACCAAGCAAGAUAUAGAAAGAAUCACAAAAUGUAAAAUAAAUAAUUUUGACUACAUCAAACUAAAAAGCUUUUGUACAAACAAAACCAAUAUAACUAAAAUCAGAAGGGAAACAACAAAUUGGGAAAAAAUCUUCAUAGAAACCUCUGACAAAGGUUUAAUUACUCAUAUUUAUAAUGAGCUAAAACAAUUGUACAAAAAAUCAAGCCAUUCUCCAAUUGAUAAAUGGGCAAGGGAAAUGGAUAGGCAGUUCUCAGAUAAAGAAAUCAAAACUAUUAACAAGCACAUGAAGAAGUGUUCUAAAUCUCUUAUAAUCAGAGAGAUGCAAAUCAAAACAACUCUGAGGUAUCACCUCACACCUAGCAGAUUGGCUAACAUAACAGCAAAGGAAAGUAAUGAAUGCUGGAGGGGGUGUGGCAAAGUAGGGACAUUAAUUCACUGCUGGUGGAGUUGUGAACUGAUCCAACCAUUCUGGAGGGCAAUUUGGAACUAUGCCCAAAGGGCGACAAAAGAAUAUCUACCCUUUGACCCAGCCAUAGCACUGCUGGGUCUGUACCCCAAAGAGAUAAUGGACACAAAGACUUGUACAAAAAUAUUCAUAGCUGCGCUCUUUGUGGUGGCCCAAAACUGGAAAACGAGGGGAUGCCCUUCAAUUGGGGAAUGGCUGAACAAACUGUGGUAUAUGUUGGUGAUGGAAUACUAUUGUGCUAAAAGGAAUAAUAAAGUGGAGAAGUUCCAUGGAGACUGGAACAACCUCCAGGAAGUGAUGCAGAGUGAGAGGAGCAGAACCAGGAGAACAUUGUACACAGAGACUGAUACACUGUGGUAUAAUCGAACGUAAUGGACUUCUCCAUUAGUGGCGGUGUAAUGUCCCUGAACAACUUUCAGGGAUCCAGGAGAAAAAAAAACACCAUUCAUAAGCAAAGGAUAAACUAUAGGAGCAGAAACACCGAGAAAAAGCAACUGCCUGAAUACAGAGGUUGAGGGGACAUGACAGAGGAUAGACUCUAAAUGAACAUUCUAAUGCAAAUACUAUCAACAAAGCAAUGGGUUCAAAUCAAGAAAACAUCUAAUGCCCAGUGGACUUACGCGUCG